GCACAAUUGAGGAGCAGAUUCAGAGAAACUAUAUUGCCAUGAAGUACUUCUUGGGUUUGUUGAUGUUGCUUGCUCUUAUAGCAGAACUAAAAGCACGGGAGCAAUUGGACGAAGAAAUGACAGAACUGAGAUGUUUGAAGAACAAAACAGUGAUCUCCGGUCUUAUUUGAAAUGUGCUCAGGGCGAUUGCAACGAAGACUUAAAUGAUGAAGGAUUGAGUCCCUACAGCGAUCUCUUUGACGCCAAAUGUGCUGAAGGCGAUUGCAAUGAAGACUUAAGUGAAAGAUUGAGUGAUGAAUCUUUACCUACGGAACUCUUGGGCGCCCGUCCCUCGGUCAGACCAUCCAAGAGGCCAUUUUCACGUCCUUCGGGCAGGCCAUUUUCACGUCCUUCGGGCAGGCCAUUUUCACGUCCUUCGGGCAGGCCAUUUUCACGUCCUUCGGGCAGGCCAUCGAACAGGCGACGUCCAUCGGGCAGGCCAUCGAACAGGCGACGUCCAUCGGGCAGGCCAUCGAACAGGCGACGUCCAUCGGGCAGACCAUUCAAAAUGUUAUAACGCAUUUUGAGGUCAGGUUGAACCAUAUAGAUAUACUCUUUAAAAAUACAUGAUAUAAGAUGUGGAAGAAAAUUCUACUGGCCAUGAAAUUCGAUUAACUUGGAAAAAUUUCGAAAAGAAGAUAAAUAAAAGCAUGCAUUCACAAUGAUAUUCGUGUUUUGAAUUUUGUCUGAAAUAGCAUGGGCUACCAUUACUACCGUCCCA